GGAAGAGACGGGGGGGGGGGGGGGGAAGGGAAAGGGAAGAGAGAGACAAGAAGGAAAAGUCAAGAGCAACGGUGUGGAAUGAGAACGAGUGUAUCUAAGGUAACCUCUUCUUCUCCUCUGCGCAAUCAAAAUCCCAUCCAACCCCCCGAUAUCCAAAAUUCCACAUCACGACACAAAAGCAACGAUGCUAUCCCCGAGGUCCCAGGUGCCUGUCAUAGAUCCGCCAGAUCGGAUCUAGGCCCUCCUUUCCUCUUUCUCCCCGAACACUUAUUUGCGCCCGCGUCAGCGCGUCAGAACGCGACUGCAGGUGAUAUAAUAACCACGCUUAGUACGUACAGCGACGGUACUCGCAGUAACGUCUGACACGGUAGCGAGACGGAGACAAGAGAGAACUUAUCGUGUAAAUGAUGAAUUUUGACUCUGAUCAGCUUAUGGAAUUCAUUUGCC